AUGGACUGCAUCAACAAGAUUGAAAUAAGGCUAGCGGAGAUGAGAUCCAGUGCUCAAGAAUUUGAAAAGGUAGUACAAAGUUUAACAGAGAACUGAGAACGCCAAUGACUAGUAAAAUAUGUGUAUAAUCAGUAUAAAUAUUACCAAUAUCUAGUCAUUUCAGUGUAUUUAUUAUAGCUACAUAUACGUUUUAUUUUCCAGCUCAUUAGGAAAGUUGAAGAUUUGAAAAUACAAAUUGAUGUAUUGCAAAUGAUGCUAACAACGAGGUCGAUGUCACCACUGAAUAUGUCAUUAAGCACCUUGGCGUCGCUGCGAAAUUCGUGCAAGUAGAACUUUUGAUUGACGAAUUGAAAGACCUACAUGUCCACGUCAAUUUGUACAACAUGGAACUUAAACUGGAAUCUAUGCCUGUAAUUAAAAAGGUUACUGCUGUAUCAACUAUCCAAGGCGUGUUCAAUACGAAGCCUGUCUCGAAAGCUUCACUUCCUGAGACGCAUAAGCUGUUAAUUAUCUUGUCCACAUAUGCGAUGUCAUCUGCCAACUGCAGAAAGGACAUUCAGUGUCAUGAGACGUGUCAAGACCUGGCUCAGAUCACGAAUGUGUCCAGGGAUGCUCACAAAUUGCAUGUUUGCAGCAAUUCACAAGCAAAGAAAUGA